AUGCGCUUCUUCACCUUCGUCGCUACUACAUUGGCUGCUGUCGCCAUGGCCAGCCCAGUCCCAGAUUCGCAAGGCGGUUAUUCAGCACACGGUGGUAGCGGACAGGGAGGCUGGAAUGGUCACGCGGAACCCCUCUGCCCUGCCGGUCUUGCCUCCAACCCCCAAUGCUGCCAGGUUGAUGUUGGCGGUGUCUUGGAUUUGACCUGCCAGACUGCGCCUGGUAACCCACACAACAUCGAUCAAUUCCAGCAGGCCUGCGCCUCCAUCGGUCGCUCGCCACAGUGCUGCAGCAUCUCUUUGCUCGGAAACGAGCUCCUCUGCAACAACCCACUCCCAUAG